AUGAGCUCUCCCGACGAGCUGGCGAGGGACACGCCUCCGCCAUACAAACGACGGAGGACCGGCGAUACUCCGUCCCCGCGGUCGAGCUCUCCCGAUGUGUUGGCCGGGGAUCCAGAUGAUUUCCGUCCGCCCAGGCGAGUGUCGCAGCGCGGCGGCGGCCUGAGCCAGAGCCCAACCAAGGCGCAGUAUCUCAACGAUUUCUCUCGGUCGCAGACGCCGUCGCGGCCUCCCUCGGAGUUGGCUCGUCGGUCGCGAUCAGCGUCGAGUUCCGGGUCGAGGACGCGCUCGCAGUCGCCUGUCCACUCGACACCGUCUCCCUCGAGAACCCCUCGAUCGCAACACCGCUCACGCUCACCCACGUCUACAACCCAGUCGAGAUCAGAAUCCUCUUCUCCAGAACCACAGCAGCUCACUCCUCCUAGAGAACCACUCAAGCCGAAUUACAGGGCGCGCCUCGUGCUACGCGGGCACACCAAGGCGGUUUCUCAGGUUCGCAUCUCUCCGAACGGCCGCUUCAUUGCUUCUGCGUCCGCCGACGCGACUGUCAAGAUAUGGGAUGCCGCCACGGGGGCUCAUAUGGACACAUUGGUUGGUCACAUGGCUGGCGUAAGCUGCGUCGCGUGGACUCCGGACAGCAAUACACUGGCGAGCGGCUCUGAUGACAAGGCAAUCCGGCUAUGGGAUCGAGUCACAGGGCGACCGAAGACCACGGCUCGGAAAUCGGCGGGACAGGAGAUGGCAUCAUUACGAGGACAUCAUAAUUACAUUCACUGCCUAGCUUUUUCACCAAAGGGCAACAUUUUGGCCAGCGGGUCAUAUGACGAAGCUGUAUUCCUGUGGGACGUACGGGCUGGACGGUUGAUGAGGAGUCUCCCCGCCCACAGCGAUCCGGUAUCAGGCAUCGACUUUUGCCGAGAUGGCACUCUGGUCGUGAGUUGUUCAACGGACGGGUUAAUCCGUGUAUGGGAUACAAUGACUGGCCAGUGCCUACGGACUCUAGUCCACGAAGACAACCCGGCCGUAACUAACGUCUGCUUCUCCCCCAACGGCCGGUUUAUCCUUGCGUUCAACCUCGACAAUUGCAUUCGCUUAUGGGACUACAUUUCCGGUAGCGUCAAAAAGACGUACCAAGGCCAUACUAAUCAGAGCUUCGCUAUUGGUGGUUGUUUUGGGGUCCUCGAUGGCGAGGCAUUCAUCGCCUCCGCGAGCGAGGACGGAGAUGUUAUACUCUGGGACGUCAAGAACAAGGAGUUGCUACAGCGUGUGCAUGGCCACGAGGGCGUAUGUUUCUGGGUGGACGUCCAUGGCGAGACGAUGGCGACUGCGGGGCAGGAUGGCUCGGUCAGGGUGUAUCGGCAUAUCAAGCAGUCUGGUGAAGUAAAUGGAAACGGGACAAGGGAACUGUCAAAGCCUCCCAGUCAGGGGAUGCUCCAGGGAGAGCUACCAAUACGGCAGGAUGAUGUUAAGCUAGAGGAUGCUAUGAGCUGA